AUGAAUAAUUUAAAAAAACAGGAUGUGGCUGAAGAAAAGUCCCAAGAAGCUUUGGGUUUGAUAAAUAAGGAUGUAGUUGCUGUUAAUAUUGGGCCAACAAUUGGAAAAAGACAUUCCCAAGUUCUUAUCCUUUCUAUUGUGCUAACUUGUUGUUUUGUUAUCAGAACAGCAUUGGCUGUUGCGAUAGUAGCCAUGACUGAUCCAACAGCCAGCAGCAACAAAGACAUACCGACUUACAAUUGGGACGAUAAAAGCUUAGUGAUGGCCUCAUUUUUAUGGGGUUACUUCAUUCCUCAAGUAGCAGCAGGAUACUUAUCUGAUAAAUAUGGCGGUAAAUGGUUCUUGGUUGUAAGUACCUCUAUCACUGCAGUAGCCGGUCUCAUGAUACCUUCAGCAGCUCUAUAUUUUGGCUCAAAGGGGGUAAUGGUUUGCCGAUUUUUACAAGGUAUAUCUCAAGGAUUUUUGUUUCCGUCAAUGCAUGGAAUAUUAGGCAAAUGGAUACCUGUUCCAGAGAGAAGUAGAUUGGGCACAUUUGUUUAUUCAGGUGCAACACUAGGUAUAUGUGCUUCCUUGAUAUUGACUGGAUACAUAUCUUCGACACGUUAUGGAUGGCCCAUGGUCUUUUAUCUCUUUAACACUGUCAUGUUGAUAGUAGUGGGUAUUUAUGCAUACAUUGGCAGCAACGACCCAAGUAGUCAUACGACAAUUAGCGAAGAGGAGAAGAAUUACAUUAUAAAUAGUUUAAACAGUGCGACUAAUCGGCACAACUUGUCGGUUCCUUGGAAGGAAAUGCUCACAUCUAAUGCGUUGAUUUCUGUGCUAGUUACCAAUGUUUGUUGUAACUUUACUCACUGGCUGUUUAUUUCGGAAACUUCUAUUUAUUUUGACAAGAUUAUGCACUUCGAUCUUAAAUCUAAUAGCACUCUGAUCGCUCUUCCUUAUAUAACGGAAUUGUUUUUCGGAUUUGGAAUGUGUUUCAUAGCAGAUUAUUUGCAUUCAAAGAAUAUUAUUUCUACAACUGUUAUAAGGAAAAUUAUGAAUAAUAUUGCUAUGCUUAUACCAGCAAUUGCCGCUUUUCUUCUAACUACCGCUGGCCAAGUGACAAAAACUAUGCCAUUUUGAGUAUGAUACUCGUCAACGGAUGUCAGGGAGCUGGUAAAUCCGGUCACGUAGUAAAUCAUAUGGAUCUGGCUCCUAACUUUUCAGGAAUUAUGAUGGGAUUUACCAACGGAUUUUCGGUAUUUUUUUCUUCGUUUGCUCCUGGUUUAACACACUUUGUUGUAAGGGAUGAGCACAACAUUAGUCAGUGGCGAAUUAUGUUCUACGUGACAGUGGGAUUAAAUAUAUUUGGUGUUAUAUAUAACACAUUGUUUACAUCGGCUAGAAGACAACCAUGGAACGAAGGAAAGACGCGAAAAGAAGAAAAAAUAGCUAUUAAAAUAACACCAUAG